AUACUCUUAUUAUAUCUUGUACCAUUCAUUUUUCCCUUCUUUCCUCGGAGUUUCGUACGCCAGCAUUUUUAUCAACUUGUUUGUCAACUGGCUUAUCUUUUCACUCUUCUUCUUCUUCCUUACUCUAUAAAACCAUUCCAUUCUUGAUCAGCUUCAUAAAAUUUGACUAGCCAUUUUUCUUUCUAAUCACAAACUUACUUUCAUCAAACCUCGCACAAUCUCUCCCUUUUCUUUCUUAGACUUGCAAAGAAAAUUUGAUGGAUUAUUCUACCUGGUUGAGCUCACCUUCUAUGGAUAAUCUUUCCAAUGCCAACACUCUUCGUCUUUUCGAUGAUGCACCAGUUAGAGAUUCUAACCAUCUUAACAAGCUUGAUUCUGCUUCUACCACUUCUAUAUCUAAUAAUACUGAUGAUGCUUCCAAACUUUGGAUCAAAGAUGAGUUUGUUUUGGAAGUGCAGACGGGUGCUUUACUAGAAGAAUUGAAUAGAGUUAAUGCAGAGAAUAAGAGGCUUACAGAAAUGUUAACUGUAGUGUGUGAAAACUACAAUGAUUUGAAGAGACAAAUGGUGGAUUACAUGACUAAGAGUUCAAGUAAUGAGGUUAACAAUGUCAAUAAGAAAAGAAAGACCGACAAUGCUACUCUUCUUGUUGCAAACAAUAAUAAUGUUGAGACCACUAGUUCAAGUGAUGAAGAAGAUUCAUAUGAGAAACAACCUAAAGAAGAGACUAUUAAAGCUAAGAUCACAAGGGUUGCUGUUCGAACUGAAGCGUCUGAUUCUACCCUUAUUCUUAAGGAUGGAUACCAAUGGAGAAAAUAUGGCCAAAAAGUAACCAGGGAUAAUCCUUGCCCAAGAGCUUACUUCAAGUGCUCAUUUGCUCCAGGCUGCCCUGUUAAGAAGAAGGUUCAAAGAAGUCUUGAAGACCAGUCAAUGCUAGUCGCAACCUAUGAAGGUGAUCACAACCACCCAGCACCAACACAACAAGAGGCUGCACCAUCAGCCUUGAACCGGUCCUUUCCCCUCGCCUCUCCCGCAUCCAAUGCAUCCGUCGUCCCUAAUAACAUCACAAUUGAACGUACCAAGCCUAAGUCCAAUGCCAACAAUGUAAACGAAACUACUGCUACUGCUACUACUACCACUACUACCACGACUAACAACAACAAUAAGACGACGUUGAACAACACAACCAUUAACCCGUUGUCUAAGUUUGGCUCCCCAGAAUUUCAAAAACUAUUGGCUGAGCAAAUGGCUUCUUCUUUAACUAAAGAUCCUAACUUCACAGCAGCUCUCGCAGCUGCCAUUACUGGCCGAUUUGUCAAACAAAGUUCAAGUGAUUGAUUUAUUAGCUAGCAUACUACUAUAUUUAAGUGCAAAGUUCAAAUGAUUCUGGGAUGUUCCUUAAUUGGUACGAGAAAUUGCAUAUACAAGUCUUCAGAUUCACCAGAAAUGCUUUUGGUUAAUGCGCACAACUCAUUGAAGGUGUAGGAAAGUUUGUUUAGGCAAUUGUACAGAUCAUAUAGCAGUUUUUUUCAGUGAUGAAAUUCGAAAAUAUAUAUUGAGAUAAAUUUAUUACUAUUUAUGUAGCUAGUUAAUUGUAAUUGUAAUGAUGAUUAGCAGAAACGUGCUCUUUGAGUAAUUAUAUAUUCAAAUUCAGAUUAUUUAGUAGAACAA